CGGGCCCCGCUUUGCCGCGAAAUUCCACGUCGUUGACUUUCCAAUAUAAGAGCAGUUCGGCCACUCUGAUCGGACCCCGACGAAACAUCGUGCCCCCAUCACCACCAGCCGCCGCCGCUGCCUGAGAUAGCCUGCCUUUGUCAUCUCCAAUGAGAAAUCAUGUCCAAACCCAACCUUCUUCCAAAAUCCCAUUCCGCCCCCGCAAAAUCCGCAGACUCUCCUCUCCCUCCAAAUCCCUACCUCCCUCCGCCCCGUCGAUUCCCUUAAUCCCUCGGGCGAUUGCGAGGCCCCUGUCGUCCGACGGCGAGAUAGAGCUCUCUCUCCGCCAUCUCCGGAGCUCUGACCACUCAUUGGUUUCCGUAAUCGACUCGCUUGCCCCUCCUUCGUUCGAAUCCUCGAGCCCACCCUUCAUCUCUCUCACCAAAAGCAUCCUCUACCAGCAGCUGGCGACGAAGGCCGCCAAGACGAUUUACGGGCGAUUCCUCACUCUGUGCAGCGGCGGUGGCGAUGGCGAGCCCCUGGUCUCGCCGGAGACGGUGCUCGGGCUCUCUGCCCAGCAGCUCCGGCAGGUAGGUGUGUCGGGUCGGAAAGCAAGCUACCUCCAUGACCUCGCCGGCAAGUACCGAGACCGGGUCUUAUCGGACAGCUCGAUCCUCGAAAUGGACGAUGAGGCCCUGCUGAGAGUGUUGACCACUGUCAAAGGGAUCGGGGUCUGGUCGGUUCACAUGUUUAUGAUGUUCUCGCUGCACAGACCCGAUGUGCUGCCGGUGGGGGAUCUCGGUGUAAGGAAAGGCGUGCAGCUCUUGUACAAUCUCAAGGAGCUGCCUAAGGCUGUGGAAAUGGAGGAGGUUUGUGAGAAGUGGAAGCCUUAUCGAUCUGUCGGGUCUUGGUACAUGUGGAGACUGAUGGAAUCGAAGAGCAACAAGGCCUUAGCUCCGGUGGAGAAAGUUUAGCCGGGAAACUGGUCCAUCGGAAUGAGGAACCGGAGAUGGCGAAUGCAAGGUCGGAGGAUUUGUCAAUUGUUUGGUUGGCACGAAGAUGCCACAAAAAUGCAGUUUAUGUGAAGCUUGAGCAGACUCAUAGGGCUGGUUUUUUGCUGCUACGUUUCCAAGUAUUGAACUGAUCAUUGGCUUGGCUCAUUGAUUGCGUGUGUUGUUACUUCCAUAGAGAUAGUCUUGAUAUUGCUUGUCCUUGGCUCAUGUAUCCUUGUGUUGGUUUAUGUUAACGGGUAAAUUCAAUUGGAUCGUUGCUGCGAUAUAUAUGUACUCCGUCUUCGACUUCUCAAGUACUCCUUAAUCGAUAUGUCGAGUUCACUGUGGUGCAAGAAUCA